AUGUGGCAACCUUUUUCUUUGGUGCCUCUGGCUUCUGUUGUUUUUGGCAGCUUCAUGGUUUACGACCCCAGCGAUGUUAUCUCCUCUUCAGAGUGGGCUGCAGACAACGCCUAUGUAUUCGACUGGCAUAGCUCGGGUGUGACGUACCAGGACAUUGCAAUCAAAGGUCCACAUUAUUACAGCGGCCAGAGAAAGCGAAUCAGUCAUGAAGUUCUGGAAAAUCACACGAAUGACACCAGCGUCCUUGUUGUGACUGAAGGGUCGACCGUGGAUGUCGAGUACACGACAAUUGUGAAAACUGGCUACUCUACCAGCUUAACUCAAUCUAGCUUCUUUGGGGCCAAUGCAGCUGUCAAUAAUGCCAACGGCUCAACCCUUUACCUAUCCAAUGUCAAUAUUACCACACAUAAUGGUGCUGCAAAUGUGUAUACCCAUGGAAACACGAGCGUUAUAUAUGCCGAGAAUAUCUGGGCGUAUAGCUCUGGCCCUGUAUCUCAUGGGUUCUAUGCCUCGGGCAACGGUACCAUCCACGCACAGAACGUCCACCACUAUUCGGGUGGUACUCGGUGCUCUUCUUUCAGUGGCGAUGUUCCCAACGGGUACAUCCAUGCAGAGAAUGUGAUUGCUCAUACCGAUGGUGUCGGAUCAGCAAUCUGCUUUUUACAAGGUGUUUGCAAUAUGACAAACGUGGUCGGAUACGCCCGGAAUGCCCCAAUCAUGUUCAGCGACGGUGCAAUGGGGCCCGUUACCGGUAUUUGGAAAGACUCAGAUGUAACCGCUGGCUUACUAGCAGGGAUUCUGAUUUUUUCCGAUUCAGCUAUCGCGGAUGGCUCGGUCACUGUCCUUGAUAACACGAAGCUAACGGUGCUGGGAGACACGAUGCCUGCUCUAUGGGCUGGAAACAUCAUUGCGGUAGCGUAUAUCAAAUCCUCCUCCAUCAACAACACCGCAUCAGGAAUCCUUGCUGUCGCAAAUUAUUCUUCUGUCACACAAGACUUUGACUACUAUGCUGGCUAUGACGAUAAUAAUGAACUGUCCCCGGCUCAGCUCACUAUUCACGUGGAGGAUUCCGACCUGUCUGGCUCUCUCAUAGCGUUCAAUAAGUCACUACUCAACUUCAACUUGGCAAAUUAUUCGAACUGGACUGGUGAGGUUAAGAUAGGCUACGGAGAGUCCUAUCUCGCAGUCCAUCUGGAUAAUACUUCGAGUUGGACUUUGACUGGGAAUUGUGCGCUUCAAAAUUUUUCCAACGCCGAUACAUCACUGAGCAACAUCAUCAGUAAUGGGUAUAACAUCACGUAUGACACAAAGUCCCGGGCUAAUUCAGCAUUGAAGAGGAAGACAUAUAAGCUAUCUGGUGGCGGUUUUCUUCGACCGGAGUAG